AUGGCUCUUCCAUCUCUGUCUGCUGCCUACAUCCUCUCAUUCCAAUUUUCUUCUUGGUAUCCUCAAUUCUCUUCGAAAACCAUAAAAUCUACGAUAAUCAGACAACUCCCUCCUGACUUCGUAGAAUAUCUUGACUCGGACGGUGUCAUAAUUCCAGAGGGUUCAGAAAAUCUGUUCAGUGCUAUGAUUUUAGAAGAUGAUUCGGAUGAUGAGGCCGGAGAACCAGAAAAACGGUACUCAUUUCCCGACUUAGACGCAGAGAUCAGACAAUGCAUCGCAGAAUAUGGCGCUGUAUUCCCGAAGUUGAACUUUUCAUCUCCCAAGGAUGCUUCCUGGAUUCUUCCGGCGGGAUCGUCCUUGAAAUGUACAUCGCCGUCGGAUAUUUAUCUUCUGCUCAAAUCUUCAGACUUUGCGAAUCAUGACCUGAGCAAAGAUCAUGUCUUUGAGGACUGCGAAGAACAUCCAGAAUCCUAUGACCUAGAACUUGUACUCAGGAAAUGGUAUUCUAUCGACCGAAGUCGGGAAUGCAGAUGCUUUGUUCGCAAAAACAACCUUAUAGGAAUAUCGCAGCGUGACUUGAACUAUUACGACUUUUGGAAUGACUCAAUGACGCAGGAAAAGAUCACAUUAGCCAUCAAAGAAUUCUGGCUAACAGAAGUCCAGCCGAAAUGGGACUUUUCUGAGGAUUAUACCUUCGAUUUUCUUCUUACCCGAGACCUCUUGCGUGGACACAUAAUCGACUUCAACCCCUACGCUGUACGUACAGACCCUCUUCUCUUCUCUUAUGAAGAAUUAUGGGACUUGUAUCAAUCUGGAGGAAGUCCGGCACUGCGUGUUAUCGACUCGCGCGCACAUCCGGCCGCGAAUACGAACGCACCCGUUCAUCAGCACAACAUGAUACCAUUUGAAGCUUUCAGUAUGAGCAUUGGCCGGGACAUCGAUGAAUUCUCGAAAGUGUGGCAUGAGGAGCUCAAUAAAAGUAUGCAGGACGAAUAAUAGGACUCAUGUCAUAUUAUUGUCUAAUACGUGAUGGACCAUAACAUAGAUAAUUCAUUGACAUACACCAUGAGUACCACAUAAUGAUUGAAGGACAUCACCUCGCCCAUUGCUCCGCGCGAGAACCACUGCUUAGAAGGUAGAGGGACGAGAAGCAACAAAGGUCGAGCGGACCUUGGAGACACGGUGAGGAAGAGGGAAUUUCAAUCCCGGCGUCAACAAUUGCUUAAUGUAAGGGCGACGGACAUCCUCAGUCUUCUCAAUCUCGAC